UCGCGUCAGUUUCAUAGUUGCGCUUGUUGGAAGUAUUUGUUGAGAACCCGCUGGAAUUAUUCCCAGAUUAAUUACCAGAAUUAUUCACCAAUUUUCCGAGACAAGUGAUCAUUUUUAACACGAGAGUUUUACAUAAUAACGUUACUCAUCAAAUAAAGUGAUUUUUUUUCUCUGAAAGUCCUGAUAAUCGGAAUAAACGAACCACUAGUCGCCAUGGACGCGUUCGCUAAUGAUGAUUUCGAUCUCUUCGACAUCAAAAAAAAAAUGGAGGAAUUAUCUGGUAUCAAGAAACUUGUAUCGCUUGAUAAGCGAAAAACUUUUUUGGAACGAUGUAAAAAGGGAGAAGUCCAAAAAUAUAUCAGUAGCGAUACAUUUUUCCUCAAUGAAUUAUAUUCACAAGAUCAUCCGUUCAAGAAUAAAGUUGACGAAGAAGUGAAGAGACUCCUUGAAUUGGAGAUAAAAAUUAUAAACUGGAAAAUCGAACAGCUCGAAAAGAGUUUCAAUAUUCAAAGCAAUGGAGUUGGUGAUAACGUUACAGAAGAAUCACCACAAAAUGUAAAACAUAAGAUUGAUGAGACUCAUGAAUUUAAUACCUCAACUAAUGAAUCACCUGUCGAAAAAGUUCCUCCAAAUCGAGACUCUUUCAUCCACAAUUAUACAAAUCUCGAGUUAGAUGAUACCGUCAAACGAGUUUUGUGUUUAGAGCCCGAAUUUGGAGUGGAUAUAUCACCUGAAACUUUGCCGAUUCCUGCAAUACUUCCGGACCUGGAGCUCUGUAUCCAGAAUUUGAAAGUAAAAAAUGGUGAGAAGAAUCUAGAAAUGGCACAGAAUGAUAUAAGAUUAAAGAUGAUAAACAUCAUAACAAAUUUUCAAAACAAAAAGAAAAAGAAAAAUCCCCUUUUGGCAGAUAUUGAACACACAAAGACAUUUUUGGAGGCAAAUCCUGGCGUAAUAUUGUCGAAGGCCGCCGAAGGUGGGGCAACAGUACUCAUGUACAAACACGAGUACCAAGAGGCUAUGAACGAGAUAUUGGAACAGGACCUCAUCUACAGGUGGAUCAAGGCCGAUCCCACGAGCAAGUUCCAGAAAAGAGCUAAUAACCUGGUGAAGUCUAUCCAUCAACUAAAUCUUAUAGAUAAGGAAGAGGCACUGCUGCUGACUACCGGAGACGCAAUAAUCCCAAAAAUAUUUGGACUUUGUGAAAUAAAUAAACACAAAAUCUACAAAUUGCGACCAGUCGUCAUUUGCAAUGACAGCCCUAACUCCAAGAUAUCUGGAUUUUUGGCGAAGUUGUUCUCGACUUUCCCUCACAUUUCUGAAUUCGAUGUUGAGAAUUCACAAGAAUUCGUGAAUUUUAUCAAUGAGACUACGCUAUCGAGUGGAAACGUACUAGUGUCCCUCCACGUGAGAUCAUUGUUUACGAAUAUUACGAAGGAUUUAGUGAUCGACAUCGUAAAUGAAUAUUGGGAUGAGUGGGCCGCAUUGAAUUCAGUUCCGGAAAAUAAAGAGCUAGUCAUUCAACUCAUUACGUUUUGCUUCGAUACUAGUUAUUUUUCCUUUGAGGGGGAGAUAUACCAACAGAUAAGGGGCAUUUAUAAGGAAAAUCCGGUGAGCUCGUUUCUUGCAAGUAUGGUGAUGAGCUAUGUAAUUAGUAAAGCCAUGGCUAAGUUGGAGUGCAUCGCUUGGAUCAAGCGGGAUGGAGAUAACGUACUGCUUGCAACUCCUCGAGAUAAUAUUGAGAUUGUGAGAGAUAAAUUCAACGGGAUCCAUGCGCGUAUUCACUUCUCAUUAGAAAACGAGACUGAGAAUGCAAUUAGCUUUCGGGAUGUGAAGGUCUACCGCGGAAUUGACGGAUCUCUCAAGACAAAUUGGAAUGAAAAAGCCAUAGAUGCAGGGAGAGUCAUGAAUUAUGAGUCGAAUCAUCCCACGUCGGAGAAGAGGGACGUCAUUUUCGGACUUUUACACAAAGCACUUGAACUGAGUCAUGAAGAAUUUCAUGAAGAAAACAGAGCGAGAGUGCAGCAACUGCUGCAUAAUAAUGGUUACCCCGACAAAUUUAUUAAAGACUGUGUUAAACAAUUCGGAAGAGAACGGAAAUUAUAUAAUCUCCGGUCAAAUUCAGGGAACAAGAAAGUGUUUCGCUUCCCUCUGAUUCGGGGUUUGUCCGAAGAGUUGGAACGGGUCUUGAGGGAUACGGAUGCCGUGUUCUCGUUUUAUAAUCUUAGGACCAUAGAAAAUUUAUACUCCAAGAUGGAGGAUAGCCCCCAAAAAUUUAACAGGUCGUGGGUGAUUUAUAAAAUAUCUUGUUCAGGAUGUUCCGCGUGUUACGUUGGACAAACAGUAGAGAAGCUUAAGACAAGGUUGCGAAGACACAAGAACGACUGCAGCCCGGGUAAAUCAAAAUCCCAGAAUAGUCCCAAUAAAAGUGAAACAACCACACCCACGGGUAAAACAUCGCUAGUUUCUCAUCAUAUUGCAACAGGUCAUGAAUUUUUAUUCGACCAAACGGAGAUCCUCGAUGCGCAGUCGCACCCGACUAAGUUGGACGUCAGUGAGGUGGUCCAAAUGUACAUUUACAAAAAACAUAUUGUCAACCAUCGAAAAGACACUAAGAAUUUGUUAAGUGUUUACAGUUACGUAUUGAAUACAUACAGAAAACAGUAUGCAAUCGAUAAUAAGAAUAAUUCCUAGUAAUAAUUAGCAGUAAUAGUAAUAAUAUCAAUUGAAAUUUUAAAAAAUGUUUGUGCGGUUAAAUAAACGUGGAAUAACAAUAAUGGUUACAACAAA